GUCGCUUGGCCACGUCGGCCGGGUUUAGAUGGUCCAGCUCCAGUUCAUCGAGGGUGAUCAACUGCGUCACUCGAAGAUACUUUGGUCAGCAACAGAGGAAGAGAGAACGAGAGAGAGAGAGACAAAGAGGCGCAUCAUUUGAGGGGGAAUUGGGCAACACAUACCCAGUAGCCGUUGAGGAACGUGAGCGCCACGAUGUCGAUGAAGCUCAGCACCGCGAUGAGGACCUGCAUCGCGCUCUCAACGAUUUUCUCCAGUUGCGCUCCCAAUUUUGUGCUUGUUGACUGGAAUCAGUCAAAACGGUACUACGGGGUCCGUAACGCGGGUCGGCCCACGGGUUUUCACCCUUACAAAUUCUAUGCCCGCAGCCCGCCCAGCAAGCGUCGCAUGAGCCAAAAGACAACAUACGCUGCCAGACAUGGCGCUCGCCCGGCACUCGCAUUUCCUGGCGCACUCCAGCAAUGUCAACUGCCUUCGCUUCGGCCGCAAGUCGGUAGGACGACGUUCCAAUACUUCUGUAACACUCCACCAUACACCAAUGUUUAAACUUGUGCGCAUUUGAUAAUUGCAGGGUCAAGUGGCUGCGACUGGUGGUGACGACAACUUGGUGAAUGUCUGGCGGAUGCGCGAAAAGGAGACCAAGAACAUUAUGAGUUUGUCAGGCCACCAGAGCGCUGUCGAGAGCAUCGUAUUCGACCCAGCAGAGCACAAGGUGGUGGCUGGCUCCCAAGCAGGAUCGAUCAAGGUGUUCGACCUGGAGGCUGGCAAAGUGAAUCGGACGCUAAAAGGGCACAUGGCGUCGACUAUAGCAGUCGACUACCAUCUCUACGGUGACUAUGUGGCUUCUGGCUCAAGAGAUACAAUUGUGAAGGUGUGGGACUUGCGAACCAAGAGCUGCAUGCAGACGUUUAAAGGACACUCAUCGGAGGUGACAGCCGUAAGUUUUACGCCGGAUGGACGUUGGCUUACGUCAGGUGACCAGGACGGUGUCAUCAAGAUCUGGGAUCUUACAGCUGGACGCCUUCUUCACGAGUUUCCUGAUCACGGUGGUGCUAUUACCAGCCUGGAAUUUAACCCGGAGGAGUUCAUUCUCGUAUCUUCAGCUGCCGAUCGCACCGUGCGAUUUUGGGACGUUCAGGAAUUCGCUUUGAUCGGCGUCACGCCCGUGGAUAAUGCUACGACUACAUCGAUGAGCCACACAGUUACAGAGCCAUACAGCGGCAAGUAUCUCUUUUGCUGUUCUCAAGAAGCAAUUCGAGUCUGGUCUUACGAAACUGCAAUCGAGUGCCACGACAGUGUGCUGAUGCCGCGUCAGAAGGAGCUAGGCCAUGUGGAGAUUCAUGCUGACACAACGAUGACACAGGAUAUGAAGCUGAUGGGCGGGUGCAUUCAGGAUGCCUUCGUCUCCGUGUGGGUACUAGACGUGAUGCAGAUGCGGCCAUUUAACCGCACAAGCAGCAACAAUAAUGACGAUGGAGCUGCAGAGGUCAGAGGCACCAGCAGGGUACAGGCUGCACGAGAGCCAAUCCCAUCGGCUCCAGAUCCUGUAGAACAUCACGAGGCUCGAUCAGCUGUCGUAGCGACUCCUGCUAACGCACCAGCGACAGACUUGCCUGCUUCUCGAGAUGUCGCCGAUGUCGCUAGUCAGGCAAAACCUCCGGUGCAAAGAGAGCAAGUUUCUCGUGAUUUCAGCAAUGUUGCUUGUAUCCGCCCAGCUACUCCAGGAGUGUUAGUCCCGCCACCGCCUGUAGAGUCGAUCCCACGUCCAGUGCGUCGAACAGAAGUCCCUCAUCAAUCAGUUGAGGCGGCACGUCCGGUGAGUGCAAAGCUAGGCACUCCAGCACCACAGCAAUCGGAAGGGCUGGCAACGGUGCAUGAGAGUGCAGUAGACCCACCGUCGCUGCCAACGGAAAAGCAUGAGAAAGAGUUAAGGACGUCGGACUUCGUGAUGGAGCUUCGCUGUGGCAUGGAUACGUGUAUAAAGGCCUUCAAGGCUCGGCAGAAGUGCGUUCAACAGCUGCUGGUUCACUGGGAAAAGGGGCGUUUGCACGAUGGCCUCCGAUAUAUUGGUGAGUUGCCGAAAGGGAAGCGCGAGGCUAUCCUGGUGGACAUGCUGCGUAUCACAGACUUACAGUCAUUGGGUGUCGAUCUGGAGGCUUGUGUGCUACUCCUUCCACUCAUCGUAGAGGUCUUGGACAGCAAAUUUGAAUUAUAUUUAAGUGUUGGCGUUGAUUCUGGACACAAACUAUUUGAUGCAUUCUCGCCCAUCGUCAAGGACGCUCGAGAUUCGCGACAGUACCGUUCGCGCGCGAUUAACCUCGCAGGAGAAGAACGAGCUCAACGAUGCAACGCUUGCGACGUUUACUUCCAAGAGAUGAAACAGCGUAUGCAACAUCUAGCUGAUACCUGCCGGUAUUCAUCGCUACAGACCAAAAUCAAUACGCUCUCACGGGCACUCGGCGACUUUUAUACUUAGUAGGCUGUCAUGGAAUAACAUACGCUACUUCAUUAAUGAGGCUGAUGUGGGCAGAUAGCAUGCAAGCAAAACACUUAAGUAAGUAAAUAGCAAGAGAGAACAAGUUACCGUGGAGAAAAGUGGAUGUCUGCAAGUUGAAGGACCAACACUUUGUACCAACUUCAACUGAAGGACCAGCACUUUGCACAACUACGACAUGGUUGACUACUUCGGAGUAUUUGUUAAGGACUCUGUUAUUGCACUUGCCAUCUCAUAUUUGCGUUAGCAAGUGAAGACAACGAAGCCUGGGUUGUAUCGUUUCCUUAAUACUUCGAAGUGUAACACAUAUCGUAGUGGGGUGAACGAACGUCCUGGCAUUGAAGAACUCAAGCGUGUACAGGAAAAAGUCAAGUCGGACUACCCAUACCUUUCCACGAGCCACACAAGCCGAAAGUCUGCUGCAGAGUGUUGCUGGAUACUGAUCCACGCAAAGACAAAGCUAUCAACAAUAAUAAAGACAGCACUAUGCUGUCAGCACCACCUCAGUACUUUCCAUAA